GCAUGCUCAGUUCUCUCCCGCACUGCCGAGGAACGACGAGGGCGGGACGUUCACCCCACGCGGGGCAGCGCGGGGCCGGGACAUGGCAGCGGCGGGCGGCGGGGUCUGGGCGCUAUGGUGGCGGGGAUUGAUUUGUGGCAGGGCCGCUGCUCGCUGCGCAGAGUCCGGGGCCGGCCGCGCCUCGCUAUUGCUGCGGCCUCCAGGGCAGCUGCUGGAGAUGGCUAACAGAGGACCGAGCUAUGGUUUAAGCCGAGAAGUGCAGGAAAAGAUUGAACAGAAAUAUGACGUGGAAUUAGAGAACAAGCUAGUGGACUGGAUUAUCAUACAGAGUGGUGAAAAGAUAGAGCAUCCACCUCCUGGAAGGCAAAAUUUUCAGAAAUGGCUAAUGGAUGGAACACUGUUGUGCAAGUUAAUAAACAGUUUACAUCCAAAGGGAAAAGAACCCAUUCCAAAGAUCUCUGAAUCAAAAAUGGCUUUCAAGCAGAUGGAACAAAUUUCUCAAUUCUUAAAAGCUGCUGAAAUCUAUGGAGUAAGAACAACAGAUAUUUUCCAGACAGUGGAUUUAUGGGAAGGGAAGGACAUGGCUGCCGUGCAGAGAACUCUAAUGUCUUUAGGCAGCUUGGCUGUUACCAAGGACGAUGGAUGUUACAGAGGGGAUCCCUCCUGGUUUCACAGGAAAGCACAGCAGAAUCGGCGAGGGUUUUCGGAAGAGCAGCUUCGUCGGGGACAGAAUGUCAUAGGCCUUCAGAUGGGUAGCAACAAAGGUGCAUCGCAGUCCGGCAUGACAGGCUAUGGGAUGCCGAGGCAGAUUAUGUAAAUGUCUGUCUGUCUGUCGAGAACACGCAUUCGAUGGCAUGAUCUGAUUACAAACACAUAGCUAGCUCCCUUUCAGCCGAAAACAUGGGUUUUAAUAGUUUGCCCUUUUUAGGAUUUUUUUUUCUUUCAGCUGCAACUUUUUGACUAAGAACAUGGAUGUGUUUUGCGUGCCAAUUCACCCCGUGCACUGCUGCCCCCUACUGUUCACUUCUGAACUAUGCAAAGACUCUGGUUUUCUGUAUUUAUUUAUUUGCAAAGUGUUACCUUCGGCAUUUGUGUCUUACAAAACUCAAUCUUGUAUCUCAACAAGUAACCUCAUCCUUCAGAUCAGUGACAAUAUUGUUUAAUCUUCUAAAAAUAAAGACAUUUAAAAAAUC